AUGUGUGGGGGAGAAGAGAAUGGUGGAUUGGAUCAGGCACAUGUGUCCUACAGUGGCAGUGCGAGUGAGCAAAACAUUGCGGAAAUGAUUGUAGACCCAUCAGCUUCCCGUCAGCCCACAGCAUUCCAACUCACACUCGAUUGCAAUAAGGCAGGAAUGGGAAAUGUGGAUAAGGAACGUGUGGAAGCUAUUAUACGUAAUGUAUCUGAGGGUUCUUCCUUUUUGAUGAAUGAGCAGCGGAAAGCUGAGGGUCGAGAGAAGCAACUGCAAGAGCUGAAGCGGAAAUCAUCUCUCUUCACUCAGUUGUUGGAUGGUGAACGAAACGCUGCGCAGCGGAAACAGUGGGAGCUGAAGGUUUCCAAAAUAGAACAGGAGCUUGAGGCUACGCGUCGACUGNGAACUUAUAUCCAUUUAGACAUGGACAUGUUUUAUGCUGCUGUUGANAUCAAGAAGCAUCCGGAGUACGCCGCCAUUCCGCUUGCCAUAG